AUGAGCCAGAUACCCAUGCUCGCGAAUAGAGAUGAGCCGUCGCUCGAGUCGUACGACCUGCAUAUCAUUUCGCAGCGCAAGUCGUCGAUGACGGGGUCGAUCGCCGCCGACUCGCUCUUCGCGCCCACUGUGAGCGACGGCACGGCGUUGGCCCACCAGCUGCAGCACCCAACGACGGACAACAACGCCGACGACGAAGCCGCCACCCGCCGGUCGUGGGCGCACUACUACGUCGGCGCGCCUGGCACGCUCCUCGGUGGGGCCAUUGGCCUUGGGCUCGGGCUCUUUCUUGCCACGGAGUCGGUCAAGUCACAGCUCAAGCAGUACGACUACGCCGAGAAGCUCAUCGUGCGCUGGGGCGCGCUCUACUUUCGCGCCGUGAGCUGUCUCUUGUCGCCGAUCGUGUUUGUGAGUCUCGCCCGCGCGGUCGCCGACAUUGUUGCAAGUCCGCGCAUGACGCGCAUGGGGUGGCGGCUCGUCGCCUACUCGUUUGGGACCACGUUAUUGGCUGUCGCGCAGGCCAUGGCGUGGGGCUUCUUGUUUGCCGACAAUGCCCCAACACGAAUGGCUUGA